AUCAUCAUCAUCAUUUUUACCCACGCGGUUUAUCCGUUUAUCCAGGUUUAUCGUAUUCGUAUAUUGGCUUAUUUUAUUGCCAUGCCUCGUUCCAAAAGGAGUCGUCAAGUUUCGCUGACGCAGACGAAAAAGAGGGGAAUAGAGCAGAAAGAGAAAUUAAUUAAAGAGGUACGCGAUGCUUUUGACCAGUAUGACAAGGUGUUCGUCUAUUCCGUAAAAAAUAUGAGAAAUUCCAAACUGAAAGACGUUCGACAAGAGUGGAAAGACAGUAGGUUUUACUUCGGAAAGAACAAGGUGCUGGCAGUUGCCUUGGGCAGGUGCAUUGACGAAGAUCAUCGGCCUAACCUGCACCACGUAAGCGAACGGUUGAGAGGCCAGUGUGGGUUACUCUUCACCAACAGAGUCAAAGAGGAUGUACUCAACUGGUUCCAAGAAUACCGAGAUAGCGACUACGCGCAUGCUGGAUCUCCUGCUGCCUGGCGUGUCUUCUUGGACAAGGGUCCCCUGACUCAGUUUGUGCACUCUAUGGAACCGCAUCUCCGUCAACUUGGACUACCCACCACCUUACAGAGAGGUGUGGUGACUCUCAGCAAAGAGCAUGUCAUCUGUGAAGAAGGAGACAUUCUCAGGCCAGAGCAAGCCAGUUUACUGAAACUGUUAGGUAUUAAAAUGGCAGAGUUUCGAGUGUUCCUGGAGUUUAUGUGGAAUGCUGAUGGGACAUACACAUCACUUGAAGAGCCCCAGGAAUCCAAGAGGGGUACCAAGAGGAGCAUCCUAUGCGAUGAGGAAAUGGAGCCAAACAGGAAAGCCACCAGAAGAAACAAACAAUAAAUUCGGAAUAAUGA